AUGUGUCUUUGCUCAAGAAAAAGAUGUUACACUUGUGUCUCUGCUCAAGGAAAUGACGAAUGGACUCCGACGACCACCACUGUCAUCUUCUGGUCAUUUCCACCAAGGGGAAUGGUUUUAGUGCUUAUAUUUCUUCUUGAUGCAGCAUGUCCAACAAAACAAAGUGAUCAAACAAGUCCUAAUGAAUGCCUAGCUGAGGCUUUAAGGCCAACUGUUCAUUCUUUCUGCAAAGUCUUAACAACUUCAGACAUAUUGGACAUGACACAAAAAACUCCUACUCAGGGGUUAACAGGAAAAGAUCUUCAUGGAACUGAGUGGCAAUUUAAUAUACAAGGAGGGCCAAUUCAGCAGACAGUAGCCAAACAUAAGAUAUUGAAAGCCUGUCUUAAGUUGCAGAGCCUAUGUAUGCUUGGGAUGGUGAAACACAUCACAGUGUUGGAAGAACUAUUGAGAUAGAAAGUGAUGGUCUCCUGAUAAUUGAAAUUCCAAACCAUGGCAAGCUGAUCCUUUUGACAUGGAAAAACUAGAGGACUUUAAGGUAAAUCAACAAACACCUCUUUCAAAGCUUUUUAAGGGAAUUUUAUGUUCAUUAACAAAUAUGACUUAUGAGCAAAUUAUCUGAUAUGGAAUGGAAGGUUAGAGAUUGGUUGAGAGUUAAGGCUUCUGUGUCCUCAAUACAGGUGGGAGGACAUAACCAGGAAUAAUAUUAGGUUCAUCCACAGUUUAGAGGAAGAUGGUGACAUGGGAAUUGCCUUAUGCUUAAGAAGGCUCUAAUAUUCUAACUUUUUUUUUGAGGAUAUUUCAGAAACUUAUCAGCGAUGAGGCUCUUUGGUGGAAAUGCAAAAGUAAAUUGCUAUUUAUUGAAGCCGUGAAUCUAUGAAUUUGAGUAUAGUAGGAUGUUUUGGUAUGUGUUGAUCAGAAUGAUGUUGAUCUUGACACUGAACCAUGCUUAUUGGUGAAAGAUACAAGUUAUACACGUUUGAAACAUAGUUGGAAGCCUCUCCUAAUUGGAGACCAUAUUUGGACGAUUUUUGCUCCUAAUGUUGUUUUGUCCCUGAUGUUAAAGUUGGUUAAUUUCAUUCUUCUGUUGCUUUGCCUCACUCAAUUGGAGAUCAUUUGGGACCUUUCUUCCGAUGGGGUGGUUGCAUGAUAAAUAUAUGUCCUUUUAAAUGGUGUUGUGUUCCCUGUUCUAGAAAAUCAUAAUUCUUAAAUGUUUUUUUUAAAUAUUUCUGUACUUGGUCAAUCCUCUUUCCUGUUAAAAAAAACUUAUUUAUGGU